AUGCUUAUAAACGAACUUCAUGAUGACCUCAAAACUGAAGUUUAUGAUGAACAAUCUGUAAGAAUCAUUACACUAACAAAGACAAUUCUUGAUUUGUCAAAGUUGUCUGUGAAACUGCACCAAGUGGAUGGAGGUUACAUAAAGAUUGCAUUAAUGAAAUACCCAAACUUUAUAAAUGCCAUCAAAGAGAUUCCGAUAAGGUCAUUGUUAGACUUGCCUGAGAGUGCUCUAAAGAAACAGUGCACCGAAUUCCUGAGAAGAUUGGAAAAGUUAACUGUCAAGUAUAAACCAGAGGAACUGGAAAGUCUUGAUCCAAAAGAACUUAUAAAGAAGUUCUUUGAUCCAGCAGACAAACUUUUGAAGAGAUUGAAAUGGUAA